CGGAGAUUGCACGCUAGUCUGUAAAAGGUUGGUGGGUUUAGUGGAGUGAUAAUGAGGUUUAUUUCAGUAGUCCUGUUACUCUCCAUCACAUCGGCGACUUCAAAAUCGCCGAAGAAGUUCAAAGACGAGUCCAAAAAACUCCCAAUUAAAUCAAAAAACUCCCCUGCAAUCAUCGCAAUCGAAAUUGUUGAUCCCAACGAAAACAAGACUUCGAAAAACUCCAAAAGGACAAUCGACUCCUCUCUGGGGUAUGGGUACCAAGCGCCCCCCAAAUUCCAAGUUUACAAGUACUCCCAGCACGACAUCCCCCCAUACAGGGGCCCCCAAGAGACUUUCAAACCGGGGACCACCUUUUACUCCAGUGUGGACAAUCAGGGCCACGUCGGGGGCCUCUCCUCGUAUCUGCCCCAAGGACACGAGCCCCAAGUCCCCGUCAUAAUCCUGCGAGUUUUCCCGAGUCAAUUGGCCGAUCCCUCGGCGGUGCUCCACCCCAAUUUGCCCCAAACGCACCCUUUAGCCCCCGUGGUUAACUCCAUUGAUGUUCACGCUCUACUGAUGAAGUAUGUGGACCAUCAGCCACAAUACCAACACAAUGAUGGGCUUCUAACCCAUGAGAAUUACCCCAAAGACACCCACACUCGGGUCAUUUUCCAUAAAAACCAAAUUGCAGCCCCCGAACAUGCGUAUAGUGCUGUUCAAGUCGAAACACCCGAAAUGCAGUAUGCUUAUAGUGGGGGCCCCAAUCAGGACUAUUACUACGACCAGGGGGCUAGUUUGGGGCAGGGGUAUUACUACCCCACUUCGCCCGAUGUUGGGUACCAACAAGAUGAUUAUCAGCAAGAUUUAACACCUCCAGUUCAAGAAAAUAAUAAUCAUUACAAUUAUCACGCGCAUCAGAAAAGGAGCAAGAAAAAUGGGCUUUCGAGGAUACGAUUCGACGAAAUUAAAGAUAUUAUAAGAUUGAACCCUAUUAAAGCUUGAUUUGUUUUCUAUGUGAUUAACAGUGACCUGUAUUUACAUUUUUGUACAUUUAUUUAUGUUUUAUUAAUAAAAUUGUACAGUAAUAGUUGUUGAGCACUCUGUAAUUAAUAAAUAAACGAAAAGGUGAUUUCUGGGCUGCGAAAGCUAUA